AAAGUUCUUCAUACUUUAGACUAACUGUAAAACUUGCACUUGACGAUUUAGUCGUAGUUGCGUUGAUAAAGCUAGUUUUGCAUUCAUCAUGAAUCUCUCUGGUUAUAACAAACCAGGAAAAACGUUCCUUUUUACUUCUGAGUCUGUAGGAGAAGGACAUUCUGAUAAAAUGUGUGAUCAGAUCAGUGAUGCUGUUCUGGAUGCUUACCUGGCACAAGACCCAGACUCCAAAGUGGCGUGUGAGUGUGUGUCAAAGACUGGCAUGAUCCUUCUGUGUGGUGAAGUGACUUCAAAGGCCGUGGUGGAUCUUCAGAAAGUGGUUAGAGACACUGUCAAGAAUAUCGGAUAUGACGACUCAUCAAAGGGCUUUGACUAUAAGACGUGCAAUGUGCUGGUGUCUCUGCAGCCGCAGUGCUCUGAGAUCAGCGACUGUGUGUUUGAGGGCCGAGAUAUGGAGGACAUCGGUGCUGGAGAUCAGGGUUUGAUGUUUGGCUACGCCACUGAUGAGACAGAGGAGUGCAUGCCGCUAACAAUCCUGCUAGCUCACAAACUCAACGCCAAAAUGAAGGAACUCUCAAAGAACGGAGUUUGUCCUUGGAUUCUGCCAGAUUCAAAAACACAGGUGACCGUGGAGUACCGUGAUGACAUGGGAGCUAUGGAGCCUCUGCGUGUUCACACUCUAGUCAUCUCGGUCCAGCACAGUCCUGACAUCACGCUGACCGAUAUACGUCACAAUCUGAUGGAGAAAGUUGUAAAGGUCGUCAUCCCUGCCAAAUACCUGGAUGACAAGACUAUUUAUCACCUGCUGCCCAGUGGGAAGUUCCUGGCAGGUGGCCCGCAAGGAGACGCCGGCCUGACGGGCAGGAAGAUCAUCGUGGACACCUACGGAGGGUGGGGCGGACACGGCGGUGGGGCCUUUUCUGGGAAAGACUACUCUAAAGUGGAUCGCUCAGGCGCUUACGCCGCCCGCUGGGUGGCCAAGUCUCUCGUCAAAGCCAAACUGUGCCGCAGGGUUCUGGUUCAGAUCUCAUAUGCUAUUGGCAUUAGUCACCCUUUGUCAGUGUCUGUGUUUCAUUAUGGCACGUCAGCGAGAGAUGAGGACGAACUUCUAGCGAUUGUUAAGAACAAUUUUGACCUUAGGCCUGGAGUCAUCGUCAAGGAGCUUGAUCUGAAGAAACCUAUCUACCAGAAAACGGCCUGCUAUGGACACUUCGGACGAGAGGAAUUUCCCUGGGAAAAGCCAAAGAAUCUCAUCUUCUGUUAGAGACAGAGGAUUACAAUUUACAUUGCUUUUGGUUUUUAAUUAUGCGUGAUUGCAUCUCACAGACGAUUAACGGUGAUCACGGAUCAAGCAAUCUAAGCUUGUUCAUAUACCUCAAGGAUAAAUUAGAACAUGAAUGAACAGAAUUCAAUUACAGUUGCUGAAGUUACUGGAAAAAGUGGACUCAUUUUAAUGACUGUACCUUGAUUAUGCCAUUGAUUUAUUGCACACAAAACAAGUGCAAACACACAAAAACAUGUGCAAAAAGCGCAGGACAUUAACCCCCCAGUGCCAUCGUGCUCCUAAGCAACACCUGAUUUUUGUGCAUACUUGCGCAAAUGAGAGAGAACUAGUAGAUAAAGUUAAGAUUAGAUUAUUUUCAGUUGAAUUAGAAGUUUAAUUAUAAGUUACAACCUCUAAAGAACUGGGCAUGUUUGUGAAUUUGGGUUAAAAAAAUGUGAUAUGCAUCAUUACAGUUGAACAGGCAUUA